UAUAGGAGGGGGAGAGAGAAUGGAUGAGAUUAAUCACUUUAUGCAUCAAAAACAUUCAUUGAAGUUUAUCGAAAACUUAGAGGUGAUUGUCGGAAUUGGUGAUGAUAACAAUGAUAAGAAGGGCAUCGUCCAUUGUCAUGGAUGUCAAGAACCCAUAUCGGAUGGCUCUGCAUAUGGUUGUAUCUCAUGCCAGUACUUUCUGCAUAAGAAAUGUAGAGAACUAAGACGUGUUAUCAAUCACCAUAUACAUUCGUUGCACCCUCUUAUGCUUGUCGACCAUGGUGAUCUAGAAUGGACUUGUGAUGUGUGUCGUAAGGAAAGCCUAGUAGGAGGUUUCAGCUACUACUGUAUGCAGUGUAACUUUGAUGCAUGUACAAACUGUGGUGUUGCUAUUCCAUGCAAGGAGGAAGARYUGAUCAGGUUUCAACAUGAAGGUCAUCCACAACAUACUUUAACCCUCCAGUCGAGACCUGCGUCUUUCCUCUGUGACGCUUGUCAUUCUAAGGAUGAAGACUUACUUUAUCUAUGUGAAGAUUGUGAUUUCUGGAUCCACAAGACUUGUACUUCCUUGGCRCCUACUAUCAAUCUACCCCAUCACCAUAAACAUCCUCUCGUUCUCGUCUAUUCCCUUCCGGACAAUUUCUAUAGAUUUGAAUAUUUUUGUGAAUUUUGUAACACAUACAUCCUGCGAAAUGGUUGGUUGUAUCAUUGUGCAAAUUGUAGAUACUUUGCCCAUAUUAAGUGUGCCUUUAAUGCAGAGCAACCAUCUAUUCCAAGUGAUCCUCUAGAUGAUGAUGGUGAAGCAAAGAUUAACCAUUGGAGUCAUGAUCAUCCAUUGAUCCUUAACGUUGAACCCGGAGGUAACAACAUAACCAACAUUGGUUGUAGUGAUCCAAUAGAGGUAUUGCAAAGGACAUGAAAUCCCAUUGACAUAUCCCCCAGUCGAAGAUCACCCUGAAGAUUUUUAUUGUG